CGCGAGGUGAGGCUGAGGCGGCGACAUGGCGGCGGCGGCGGCGGCUGCUGCUGGGCCCGGGGCUGCACCGCGGGGGUUGCGCGGGUGGUUGCGGAGCGCCUACCGCUUCGCCACCGACCGCAACGACUUCCGAAGGAAUCUGCUGGUGAACCUGGGGCUCUUCGCCGCUGGAGUCUGGGUCGCCCGGAACCUGACGGACAUCGACCUGAUGACCCCGCAGCCCGUCCCGUAGCGGCGGGAAGAAAUGGAGCUGCAAGGGAGAAGAGCUCACCCUCCCCGCACGCGAGGACCAGAGAUGUGUUGAGCCGUUACGAGUUCCAUACGUUCGCGGGAGUACGUUCUGCUCUCUGCAGAGGUGCUACUCGCACUUCAAAGCUGUCACGCUUGGAGCAGUGACGGGGGGGGGAAAGCUUGUGAGUGUGAGAGAGAGAAUUUAUUUCAUGCUGCAAGGCACAGUGAGAAUAGUUUUCUCAAGGAUGUGAAGCCAUUGUGCGUGGAAUUUUCUUCUCUCCUCCCCCCGAUGUUUAAUAAAUAUUAUGUAGAAUAAUGACAUAACCCACUGGAAUUUUUUUUUUUUAAUAAGAAACUUCAGCUUACAAAAACAAGGUGUAAAAAGAGUAAAGAUUUACAAAAAAAUCAUAAAAACAUGAUUUGUAUUUCACACCCGAAAGACAAAGGAACAAGUCCAGUGCUGGGUUGUAAGCAGGACCCAUCAGCUACUGAUUCCAAGGGAAAACAAAAGUGUGACAAGCCCUCGGUGAACUCUAACCACCAGAAGGUUUCCUGGGUAAUGGCCGGAUGAGAUAAAGCUGGGACGCUUACUGUGAAGGAAUGAUGGCUGUGUGUGGGAAGAAGCCGCCAUUUGGUGUUGCAUAGCAUGUUAGUGCCCGGGACUGAGACUACAGCUCACCGUUACCAACGUUAAAGUCCAGCCGUGGGCGCUGGGGCUGUUCAGGGGACAGUGAAAGCACCACGUGAGGCUGGCGCGGGAGCCGCGGCUGUGAUUUCCUCUGAUGGCUCCUCGAAGAUGCUAUUUGUAGAGCAGAAUAACUUCCCAGCCCUGAGCAGUUACGGCAGUAGGACUGCGACAUGGCUUCAGAUUCUUUGGACACUUACGCGCGGGUUUUUAGUUUUAAGACAUUCUUCUGAAGUAGCGCUGCCUCCAUGUUUUGUGACUGAGAACUGCCCCCUUCCCUGCCCCAGAGAGAAACUCAUUCCACUACCGAUACCGAGUCUGAAAACAGCAGCUUUCAAAGUGGGUUAUUUUAACAUCCUGUAAAGAAAUGAAGUUCUUUUGAAGUAUGGAUAAUCCAAGUUAUGCAGAAACAGUGUCUGCAGGAAAAAGGGGAUUAAUUAGAACAUUAAGUCACUUUAUGGUUAAUCUUAGUUUUGAUUUAGAACACACUAAUCUCCUCCCCAGGCCUGGGUUCAGGCAGGGGGCAGUUCAUGCAGUUAAGUACAUCAGGCUGCCGCAGGUGACUUACUGGAUGUUGUAUUAACAAACCUUGACUAAAAUAAAAGCUGCUGAACCUGCGA